CGUGUGUUGAUUAAGAGCUAAACAUCUACUCAUUGUUAGCCUUUCAUAUAAUUGUUCAGAAUCUUGUCUGAAAGAGUUUUUGAGCGGGAAGCGUCUGAAAGUUCUCUAAUCUCUAUUCACUGCAUUGAUCCUCUAGUUUCCCGCCAGAACAGCCAUGCAUGCUGCCAAAGGCUCGUGCACUCCCGCAAUUUCACGCUUCCCAUUUACAGCGUGCAUGCACACACACACACACACACACACACACACACACACACAUGCUCCAGCUGCUUGAGCGCGCACCUCUAUUGUUUCCCAGCAAUCUAAUUUAAACUUUCCCUAUUGAACUUUGAGCCGUGUUCUGAUUGGCUCGAAAGUGUGAGAAACAGAAGAGCACGGAUCAGGGCAUAUAUAACAGGGCCCUUCAGCAGAAGACACACACUCGAUAAAGUGACAGCAAACAUACUGCAGAAUGCAAGAAUGGCUCCCACUGUCUGCAAACUGACUCAGACUGGACAAGAAAAAACUAAAGUGAGGAAACCAGUGGUGGAAAAGAUGCGCAGAGAUCGUAUUAACAGAUGCAUCGAACAGCUUAAGGUUCUCCUGAAAGCCAAGAUAAAAGCCAGCCAGCCCUGUGCUAAACUAGAGAAGGCUGAUGUUCUGGAAAUGGCUGUGUUUUACCUGAAGAGCAACACCUGUCCGAGCGUGCGUGCGCAGAGCUACACGCACGGGUUCUCCAGGUGUACAGAGGAGACCGGGAGAUUUAUGGUGCAACAGAACACCAAGCCAGUUUUAAAGGGACAGUGUGACACAACACAGCGAGCCAGAGUAAGUGUGGAAGACAGCUGUCAGAUCACAUCAAAGAGCAGCGGAGAAGAUGCGCUCUGGAGACCCUGGUGAUCUUCACAGCAUCCUGACGAAGACAUACAGAGAACAGACUGUUUCUCAAAAUAAGUCAAACACUUUGUUUUUAUAAAACGUGGAUGUAGACAGCAGCUGUCACGACGCAGAGAAUGUACCAGUCUACCCCAUACCUGAGUCUGAGAGCACGCAUCUAUUGCUUUACUUCACCUGUGUGGAGAUGAACUUCAUUUACAUAUUGUAAACAUGAGGACUACGACUCCUCAGUAGGUUUCUGUUGAAAAUGAGCUUUUUAAUGAGGUCUGUAACCUUUAGAGGUGUUAAAUGCAUCAUACUGAUGACAGUCUCAAAAAUAAACUAAA